AUGGCAGGCUGCAGCUGCUUUGGACAGACGCUGCGCAACGCCGCUCCUCACCUUCCCGUGCGCCAACAUAUCACAAAACGCACAGCGGCGGCUAUGGCUGGCCGCAGUGCAGCGCUGUGCAGCUCGUCGUCAGCUUCCCACGCUGAUAAUGCUGAGACGGCUGCAGUCACAGCCACAGGUGGCUCGCGCGGCAGAGAUGCAUUUCUCACCCGGGUCGUGACCGCCAAGAAGACGUCGUUCAUCAGAGCAUGGGAGGAGAGCGAGAAGGCCAAAGCCGAGAACAAGGCGGCCAGGAGGCUGGCGAGCGUCGCCUCCUGGGAGAACUCCAAGGUCGCGGAGAUAGAGGCCGAGCUCAAGAAGAUCCACGAGCAGCUGGAAAUGAAGAAUGCGGCGCAAGCAGAGAAGCGGAAGAACAGCACGGCGGCGGUGCACAGGGUUGCCGAGGAGAAGCGCGCGGCUGCCGUGGCGCGGCGCGGCGAGGAGGUCAUCGCCGCGGAGGAGGCUGCCGCCAAGUACCGCGCCAGGGGGCAGGAACCCACCAGGCUCUUCGGCCUCGGCCAUCAGCAGGGGUAG